AUGAGUGAACGGAUACCGUCAAGAAGUAGUGAACGGGGUGGCCCUGCUGUCACGGCUCUUUAUGCUAGCGGCGUCGAGGACGAUGUCGGCUCCGGCAGCCGCACUCACCAACCGUACGCUAGGUUCUACUGCAACAACGGGAGUAAUGGCAACCAGUACCACUACCCGUCAGAGAAGAAUGGUGGAUGCAUGGUAUCGAGUCCGUUGCAAGUACACACGCACAAUACGCACGAUGACGGGGAGGAAGAUCUAGGCUUUUCCGCUUUGAAUGUGCAGGCACGUUAUCGCCUACAGAGCCUCUCGCACAGUAACAGGGCAUGUGAUCCACAUCUUUCAACGUCCCCACCAUACGCGUGGAGUAGUAAUAGCUCCUUUCAUGGGGAUGCGAGUCAAAGCCGGUUUGCAGCACGGCCACUAUCUAGUGCGCCCAUUCCUGUGGAAAAAAAGAGUGAUUUUAUGGAUAGCUUUGGCAGUAGAGGAGUAUCAACAUUUUCGGGCAGCUAUGCCCCGUCAGGAUUUGCUAUGCCACCUGCUCUUGCUGGUAGUGCGUCCCCACCAACGAAUAGCACGAGCCUCCGAUCUCCGCAUCAUAAUCAACGUGCCACACCGCGGAGUUUGGGAUCACCAAAUUCGGCACAGCAUGGGGUUGACUUUGCCUCUCCCAUUUUGUUUUCCGUGUCUUCACCGGUCCACAACGAACUUUCACCCAUUCAAAAUUUGUCGAUCCCUGUGAACGGCGGCGCGGGGAUGCGGGGGGGGCAUGGAAUCAUCGUGGAGCAGCAGCCACAAGGCCGACAAGGGAGACUGGGCACAGGCGUCAGCGAUGGGAACUCAACCAUUUCUGGAAGUAGCACGAGCACAGUACGGGACGACCUGGCCUUAUGCCCAAAAGACGAUCUCUGCACACAAAUCAACGAUCGUAAGCACCAACGGAAAUACGCACACACGUGUCGCCUUUUCCCCUGCUACCACGGUCAUGUCGCACGCCACGGUAAACUGUUUCGUCACGCUCCUGGGCAAAUCGCACAAGGCGAUGCUCUCACCGCCGUGAAAGGAACACCAAAAACGUUUCCAGCUGAGGCACUAGUGAGUGUCAACUUCAGUUCCAUUAGCCCGCAGGCAAAUAAUGCCUACCGCAUUAUUGUUAGCCACGGUGAUCAGAGCUACGAGAUAUUUGGCGACUGGCAGAAUGUUCGUGUGCACACGUUCAAGCGAUACCUGCAUCAGGUGUACAAAAUCCCUCCAACCUCGCAGGUGCUGGUGCGGGUGGAUGGUGGUCUGCUACUGGACGACGACCUUGAGCCUGUGAGACGCUACGGUGUGAUGCCAGGCACUGUCAUAGCACUUAAACGCAAGGGGGAUGAGGAUACCCCGCGGGUGCCGCCUGAUGAAUUGUGA